AUGCUGCACGAGAAACCCGUCCAGAUUGGCCAACUGUCCGAUGAUGGAAAUGGAACAAACAAGGCGUGGACAGGGGAGAAGAGGCGCCGCAAGCACGUACCCCCGUCAUCAUCCGAUGCUCCUACCACUGCCCAGGACCAUGGAGACAUGGAGGUCACCAUCCUAGGGGGUGGAGAUCCUUUUCUUCAUGCGACAGACAUGGAGCUGCUGCCCAAAAUAGAUUCGGAAGACCUGCCAUUUGAUAUGACAUGGGAGGAAGAAGGCAAGAUAAAAGUGCGCCUUGCACGCCUUCGCAUCACUUAUUACAAGGCUUUGAAGCCAGAGUGCGCACGUGAACGUGAGCUUAAGGAACCAGAAGAAUACACUGAUGCUGAACUUGGUGAGGAGUUGUACUUUAAGCGGUUAGAGGAGGAUAAAAGUUUUGACUGGUUCGUCCAUCCUGAUGACACCUAUAAAGCUGGAUUGAAUGACUACCAACGGAUUGCCCCUCGUAAUUUUCUGCAUCAUAGCGGUCGGAACCUGUACCGCUAUCACGAUGAGUACCGCUCAUGUUAUCAUACAUAUAAAAUUGUUGUUGUUUAUGUCAAGUAUUAUGCAGAAAUUUCAAAGAAAAUCAAGUGGAUUACAGAGUAUUUGCAUCUGGAUCGCAGCACCGAGGAAUGGAUAGAAUUGGAUACUAGAGCAUCGAGGCAAGCAUUGAGGAUUGCAACUGACUUUGCCAAUAUGACUGUUCGUUUAGCUGCUUUUGCUUAUAAUGAGUACAUUCUUGAGAUGGAUAAGAAUGCGUCCCUCAAGGACAUAGAUCUUCUCUAUUUUGAGAUUUGGAGGCGUGUCACUAAGAAAAAUUUAAGUUAUAUGGAUGCUGUGAAGGAAGUAUAUGAAAUGGACAAGUUCGAUGUACACAAAAGGAGACUAGAUGGUGAACUGAAAGGGGUUCCUGCCGUCGCAACAAUAAAACAAUACAUGCACUAUGUUGUCCGACAAGGUGGCAUUGACGCGAAGACCAAAGAGGAUAAAGCUCGAGAUGUGUUUAGGAAGUUAUCUGUCAGUAUGCAUAAAGCAAUGAACAUGGCUCAGUACGCUCAGAAAAAGUUGGAUUUAGCAGAUGAGCUGAAGUUGGACAAAGAGGGUGAAUCGACAAGCACACCAGGUAGCUCUCUUCUGAAUUUGUCGGUGUAG